AUGACGGGGAACCAAGGUUCCUUGCGCUGGUCGUCGCAAUUGACCGUUGCUCCAGCCCAGCAAAUUCCCAAGCUUUCCGGCGAUAAGAUCAUACUGCCGCCAUCCGCGCUCGAGCAGCUUCUCGCGGCUGCCCCGCUUCAAGAGGUAACUUCCUCAGGUCCAGCACGCCCAUACACCAGCACUUUCGAUCCUUUCAAUCCGCACACCUUCGCCGCCGAGUCCCAGGCGCGCGAACGGGCGGUGGAUCGCCAGCAGCAAUUGCCCCAUCCGCUUACGUUCCGCAUCGUGAACCCUCAGAACGAACGGGUGGUAUAUGCUGGCGUUCGUGAGUUCUCCGCGCCGGAGAACGAGAUUGGUCUCAGUACCUUUUUGCGCGGGGCACUUGGCAUUGAUGCCACUGGACGACCGUCACCACACGAUGAUGAUGGUACUGAUGGUGAAGUGACAGACGAUGCGCCAGCCGCCCCGACCACGGUCACGGUCCAUGCGCAGCAGUUACCAAAAGGUACUUAUGUCCGUCUGCGCCCUCUAGAAGCUGGAUACGACCCGGGGAAUUGGAAGGCUUUGCUUGAACAACAGCUGCGGGAUAAUUACACCACAUUAACCUCUGGGGAGGUCCUCACUGUUGCAGGGGGGCGCGAUCAGUCAUUCCAGUUCUUGGUUGACAAAGUUGAGCCUCAUGGCAAUGGCAUCUGCGUUGUGGAUACAGACUUGGAAGUGGAUAUUGUCGCCUUGACGGAGGAUCAAGCCAGAGAAACGUUGGAGAAACGAUUGGAGAAAUCUGCUCUUGUCUCUGGGAAUAGGGCAGGCACAUCUGUUGGGGGCGAGUUGCGACUUGGUCAAGUAGUAACUGGCCAGGUUGCGCUUGGGGACUAUGUCGACUACGAGGUCCACAAAUGGGAUCCUACGAAUGCACUGGAAGUAUCUGUCGAGGGUGCCGAUGAGGCAGGUCUCUGCCUCUUUGCCAGUCCCCUUUCUGCUCACCAGAGGAACCGACCGCGGGAAGAUGAGCAUGUUUUCAGUGACCUAUCUAAUCGGCCGACUAAACGGAUUAGGAUCCAACCGACGAAUGUGGAUAUGGAAGGCGCUGAGAUGCUGUACAUAUCGGUACAUGCACCCACUUCCACCGCCAGUUCAGAAACUGGAGUUUCGGCGCUGCCGUAUAGCCUACAGGUUCAUGUGGGCUCGUCACCCGCACAAGCUGAGAAUGCUGCAGGCAUCGAGCCAGAAAGCCAUGAACCGGGUGAUGUCCAGUGUAAGAACUGUCGUCAAUGGGUACCUGAACGGACAUUGAUGCUACAUGAGAACUUUUGCCUUCGAAACAACAUCCUCUGCCCCCAGUGCCAGAACGUGUUCCAGAAGCGGUCUUCGGAAUGGCAAAAUCAUUGGCAUUGUCCUCAUGACUCGGCUUAUGGCACCGGCGACGCGGAAAAGAAUCGACACAAUCUCUUUUUUCACAGCAAGCGCUCCUGUAGUAGCUGUGGAUUUGAGGCGGAGGACCUCCCACGUCUCGCUCAACACCGCACAACUAGUGAAUCAGACCCUGAGAUGGAUGAUCCGGACGUUUUAGUCUCCGGCCUCACACCACAUGAAUUGGUGGACGGUGGCCGGACAACCGAAUGCCACCUUUGUGACAAAAUCAUCCGUCUUCGCGACAUGAAGAUGCACCUUCGCCAUCAUGAUCUAGAACGCCUGUCUCGACCCACUCCUCGCCUAUGCUUAAACAAAAAUUGCGGACGGACUCUUGACGGACGCGGUACGCAGACUGCAGUCAAGCUCGGUCUAUGCAGCAUCUGCUUUGGUCCACUGUACGUAGACACCUACGAUCCCGAAGGCAAAGCGCUCCGGCGGCGCAUCGAGCGCCGCUACCUCUCUCAGAUGAUGAGCGGCUGCGGCAAAUCAUGGUGUCAGAACGAAUACUGCAAGACGGGCAAGCAAGCUAGACCGUCUUCCACACCUGGUGUGUCUGCUCCGAUGGGCGCGGCUGCUAUUCUAGCCGCAGUGCGGCCUUUGCUUGACGCCGUCAAUCUUCAAGGAGAUGCGCCGAACACCGCUCCUUUCUACUUUUGCACGGAUCAGGCAGGCCAGCAACGUCGCAUUGCUGCAGAAAUGCUCUCAGCUGAGGGCGCAGUAGCUGACGGCAAGACCUAUGCAUUGCCGUGGUGCGUUUCCGCCGUUGAAACCACGGCGGGGAACCUAGACAAGGCGCGAGAGUGGUUAGAAAAUUGGGCGCCUGCGCAGGGGGAAGGCACGGAUUCGCUUCAGCGGUAA